UACGUCAAGAGCCUUUUUGUCCUCACAUACCACCCAAAAUUUCAGUUGAUAUUUUGAACCCCUAUUAGAUUCACCAGAACCCAAUAUCAUAAACCCAACAUUUCAUUUCCAGGUGCCUGAAACUGCCACUCAGAUGGAGCUCGAAGUAGUUUCCAAAACUGUCCAAGAGCUGGCCUCUGGAGAACAAGUGCCUGAAAGAUAUAUUCAGAGAGACGGCGAUGGGGGAUUUUUGAUUGAUGCUUUUCCGAUCAUGGACAUUCCAACUAUUGAUCUUGGCCUUCUUCUUUUGAAUUCUUCAGAUGCAGCACAACAACUUGAGAAACUUCGAUCAGCUCUCAACACUUGGGGUUGCAUUCAGGUAAUAAACCAUGGUAUGACACCUGAAUUCCUAGAUGAAGUUCGUGAGGUUACAAAACAAUUCUUUCAACUUCCAGUGAGAGAGAAGCAGAAAUACUCCAGAGAAGUUAAUGAUAUUGAAGGCUAUGGGAAUGACAUGGUUCUUUUAGAGCAACAGAAACUCGAUUGGACUGACAGACUAUACCUCACCAUAUAUCCAGAAGACCAACGUAAGCUCAAAUUUUGGCCUGAAAAUCCCCAAUAUUUUAGUGGAAUUUUGCAGGAAUUUACCCUGAAAUCAAAAUCAGUAAGUAAACUUGUCCUUAAGGCUUUAGCACGGUCAUUGAACUUGGAGGAUAACUGCUUCCUGGAACAGUAUGGAGAAAAAGCGAAAAUGGAUGCAAGAUUCAACUUCUAUCCCCGAUCUUCGAGGCCUGACCUUGUUCUCGGCGUCAAACCACAUGCAGAUGGAUCAGCAAUCACCAUUCUCUUGCAAGACAAAAAUGUCGAAGGUCUUCAAGUUCUGAAAGACAACCAGUGGUACAGAGCUCCAAUCAUUCCUGAGGCUCUUUUCAUUAAUGUUGGUGAUCAAGUAGAGAUAUCAAGUAAUGGAAUGUUCAAGAGCCCAGUACAUAGGGUAUUGACAAAUUCAGAAAGAAACAGGAUUUCUAUUGCAGUGUUCUAUCUUCCAGAAUCAGAUAGAGAGAUUGAACCUAUUGAAGGACUGGUCACCAAGUCGAGGCCCAGAUUAUACAAAAUGGUUAAAAGUUAUGUUGAUUUAUUUUUCGAAAACUAUCAGCAGGGGAAGAGACCAAUUGAUUCAGUAAAACUUCAAGUAUAAUUGCAUGCAUAUUCUAAAAUAACGGUUUGUGAAAGUUAAAAAGCAUGUAUUAUUGGACUGAUAUCCAGUAUUUUAUUGAAUAGGAUAAAUAAAAUAUGGACAAAAUUAUUUGUUCUGAAAGGAAAUAGCAUUUUCUUCAUUCUGCCCUCACGUGGGCAUC